AUGGCGCCAUAUCAGCGUCGCCGCUCGCCAUGUCCGGGCGGUGAGGCCGAGUGCCAGUACGCGCAACAGUGCGCGCCCUCUCCUACCAUUUCGUCGUCGUCGAUAGACGAUGAUGCGUCCUCCAACACGACGCUCGACGAGGCGGACCAGGGCGACGGGCUGCUGUCUCCUUGCGCGCUCUCUCUGACUGACGACCAUCGGCCUCGCCACGACGCAGACAGCCCCACUGCUGCCUUGUUCCCCUUGCAUCUUCUCUCGGGCUGCAGCUCGACUGGCAGACGGGCCAUGUGCACCUCGGCCUUCACGUUGACGGCGUCCCAGACAAAGCGGGCUCUGGGAUGGAGAGCAGCCGCCCCUCCGCACAAUGAUGCCACUGCGCCCACCCGCGCUGAGACCGGCCAUGAGCUGUCCGAUCGAGCCCCCGCCCUCGCGCAUCGCAUGAAACACGACAAGUCCAUCCUCGCACUGGCCGUCUCUUCGCACUCCAUCUUCGCCGGCACCCAGGGCGGCGAGAUUCUGGUCUACAGCCUCGAUACCUACGAGCUCCGGAGGGUGGUACAUGCGCACAAGGGCAGUGUGCUUGGUCUGUGUCUGUCGCAGGACCACAGGUGGCUCUUCUCGAGCGCAGCAGAUCCAAUUGUCAAUGUCUGGUGCACGUCGACGUUCAAACACCUCUAUGCGCUGUGGUCUCCGUACGACAUUGGCGACAUUUUCUGCGUCGCAUACUCGUCCCAGCACCAGACGGUAUAUCUGGGGGCCCAGAACACCAGCAUACAAUGGUAUGACCUGAAAGAAAAAGACACUCGCCCCGCCCCGAGCCUCUCCUCACACCCCGCCGAGCGCAAGAACCGGUUCUUCGACUCCCUCGGGCCAGGCGGUGCCCAAACACCCAGACCCGGCGGUGCAGACACUAGGCCCCGAGAUGCUGCAGGCGGGCAGGAACUGCAAAUCGACAACCGUGACAUUUGCCAGUUCGCCCACUAUGGUUACGUGCAUUGCAUGCUGGUGGGAAGCGGCAUACUACCCGAAGCCCCGUCAGAAGAAGUGCUAGUUUCGGGAGGAGGAGACGGCCGCAUUCAGCUAUGGAGAAUAGACCCGGCACAGCGGGGGAGCAUCUCAGGCAUCUACACACUCGAGGACGGCCGCGAAGAGGGCGAAUCGAUUCUCUCGCUCGCCCGAGAAGGUUCCUUCCUGUACAGCGGACGCUUCGACGGCGAAGUCAAUGUCUGGGACUUGGAGACCCGGCAGCUAGUGCGCAGUCUCAAGGCGGGCACCGGCGACGUGCACACAUUGUCGCUGGGCUCUGGUGUCCUGUAUGCCGGUGGUAAGACGGGUGUUAUGCAG